UCCUCGUCCACUCACCCGCCUCUCUGGCUGUCUUUUUCUUGGUAAAGUUUGUCAGUGCGUUAUUUUUCAAUGGCUCGAGAAUUUAACCUCCUCUACGCCCUUUUGCUGGUUGUGGCCUGUCUUGCCACAGCAGGACCUACGACCACAGCAGGACCUACGACCACAGCAGGACCUACGACCACAGGACCUACGACCACAGCAGGACCUACGACCACAGCAGGACCUACGACCACAGGACCUACGACCACAGCAGGACCUACGACCACAGCAGGACCUACGACCACAGGACCUACGACCACAGCAGGACCUACAACCACAGCAGGACCUACCACCACAACAACAGCAGGACCUACAACGACAGUGCUUCCAAACCCUUGUAAUGAAAACCCAUGUGGCGCUGGGGUCACCUGUGAACCUCGUGCCGAUGAAACCUUUGCAUGCUUGUGUUUGGCUGGUGAUUUCUACAAUAAUGUCACCAAAACUUGUGACAGUGCCAAAGUUUUUCCUGGAAACCUAAACAUUCUUAAAAUGAAAUACAACGAAGCUAUGGAUGACAAGACCUCAAAGGAAUUUCUUGAUGCAUCCAAAACAAUCACUGACGAGCUAUCUCGAGUUUUUAAAUCGUCUAAAGGUUACUCUGGAUCUAUAGUGCUGAAGCUCAGCCAGUUCACACCAAAAGUUUGGUCAAGAGCAGUCACUACGGUCAGAGCAGAUGUACAGAUCAUCUUCAUGGCAAAUGCUGUCAUCGUAACAGAAAACGUUACAAAGAUACUGGAGACAGAGAAGGCUUGUGACGCUUGCCUAUUGGAAGGUUCAUCUUUCGUUGCUAGAGAACUGUGUGAUGAGUCGGACGCUGCCUGUGGUCAGAAUACUGCAUGCACAUCUGGAGACGGAACUUUUAAGUGUAAAUGUUCGCCUGGUUACAUUACCACCGCCUUCAGUGACAGGAUAUGCAUUGCAGCAUGUCCCAGUGGUCAAACACUUGUUGGAUCCGAUGCCUGUAAAAGUUGUUCAUUCGGUUAUUCUGGUUUUAACUGCGCCGAUUCAUGGAAGCUGUCGCUGGUAAUCGUUGGCUCUGUGCUCGGGGCACUGCUGCUCAUCACGAUUAUUGUUCUGAUUGUACUGGCAGUCAGGUCCCCAAUCAAAAAGAGCUCCAAAAAGAGCAAAAAAGCAGACACUGGGAACUUUUAUGCUAGCCAACUUCCUGUCAAGGCGCCACUGGGAGCCCACAGCCACGUAGCCCCGGCUAAUGGGCUAGGCAACGGCCAGUCAGCCUUUGGCAAUGCUGGGAUGCCUAGGAUCCCACGGGCCACGACCACCAGCAGCUGGGACAGCAGGACUAACCUGGAGAUGACUCCAAGCAGCAGCCGGCAGAACCUGAUCCCUGCUGGGAGGAACUCGCGGUUCCACGAGGACAAUGAGGACCAUGCUCCGUCUCGACAGAGCAGCCUCUACGCUCGCCCGCAGAUCAUCCCGUACGAUCAGAGUCGACCUCAGAACAACUCGUAUUCCCAGAGUCAACCUCAGAACAACUCGUAUUCCCAGAGUCAACCUCAGAACAACUCGUAUUCCCAGAGUCGACCUCAGAACAACCCGUAUGCUCAGAGCAGCGCAUACUCUCAGAGCCAAGGCAACAGCAGCUCUUACAUGCACUAAAACAGGAGAAGAUGGUUAACAAAUCCUUCAUUGACAUUUAGCCAGAUCAGAAACUGGGUCAGGAACACCUCAACAUUCUCCUUUUUUAGUUUUUUCCCCCACAAAUAACUUUAUUCCUUAACACCACCAGGUCCUGUGCAAUAGCUGGAAAAAUGUGCAAAAAAAGUGUAAACUCUAUUCUUACUAAUUAUAAGCUGUUAUAAAUAAUGUGUCUCUUUCUUUAAUCUUUGCCAAAGCUCUGAAUAUGAGAUACAAUGGGGGUCUUUUUAAAGGUUUCUCAACAUUUUUUUCAAUCAAUUAAGAUAUUACUCUUUAACGAUUUGACAUUUGUAAAUCCUCAAACGAGGAGUUGUUCGAUAUAUUAUUAUAAAUAAAUGAUUAUGUUAUGUGAGGGUCGUCACAUAACAUGAAUUUACAGGUAAUCGUUUUGUAUGUGAAAUGUGUUGUUUAUCAUGAGAAUUAUCUUUCUGUUUAACUCAGCUGUUGUGAAGGAGACGGGUUUCCUUUGUUUGCAUACCAUUUAAUGAGUUAUUCCUAAAUUAGGGCAUGUCAGAUGCCUCCCUAUAUAUUUCAGUAUAAUUUGGGUAAAAUGUUUACUAUAUUGAAACAGUUUGAUGUAUUAUUUUGUACAGCUAUGAGCAUAUUUUGUUUUAUUUCCAACCAAUUUCUUGAUACCAAGCUGUAUUGAACA